AAGGAGAGAGGUUACCCAUGUCCCCCCCUAGAAGAUAAGCUUGAGAGACAAUUGAGAUUUUCUAACAGAGUCCUCCCACCCUCUUUUGUGACCGAAGCAGUGAAGCAUAAGACCUCCAACUGGCUGAGGUGCCUCAGUAGCAGCCCGGGCGCAAAAGGGAACCCAGACUUGGCCCGGGCUGGUGGGAAAGGCGAGUCUGGUUCUAAACACCUGAACCGGAUCCCUAGGAGAAUUGAUGUCGAGACCCCCAGGAAACCCAUAAUCUUCUCUGGGCGAUCUCAGGUGCAGGGGAUUUUUGUUCAUCUACAUCCAGAGGCACCCAUCCCUCCCAACUCAAGGCAUCUUUUCUUCCACAAGUUGUAACCCCCAAAUGAGGCCACCUCGCCCCUUUCCCUCCGCCACCUAGAGUCAGGAUCAGGUAUGGACACCGACCUUCCAAUCCCCCUGUCUCCGGCCUUUCUCAAAGUAACCAGGGUACGUGCUCAAGUCUGCCCCAGGAUAUGCGCCCCCAAUUUGCCCCGCAGCGUAAGCCCCAGGCCCCCGGGGCGCUGGGCCACCCGAGCCGCCCGUGCCGCCCUCUGCGCGGUUCCAACAGCUGGCCCCGCCCCCGCCCCGCCCCCGGCCCGCUCCCUGCGCCCCGCCCCGGGCCCGCCGCGCUCUGCCCCGCUCGCCCCUCCGCUGCGUACGACCGCCCUGUCGCUGGGCGGCUCCCGUGGCUCCCGGGGCUCCAGCAGCAGCCCCUCCUGUCUCCAUGGCGACACGGCGUCCCAGGCUCGCAGCUCGGAACCCAGCGCGAGUGGCGAGCGGGGCUGGACCUCCUGGUCCGCCCUUCGCGGGAUCUCCAUGGCAGGGCCAGCGGGUUGGGGCUCUGGAGCCCCACGGCUGCCGAGGCACCGCCCGAGAAGUCUUGGGCCUGAUUUUUGUAUUCCAGAAAUCCCCAGGAACUACCUAGACAAGAAAGAUGCUGUAAAGGCACCAAAAAGCAGACAAAAUGGCACAUUGCUAGUGUUUGAUCCGAAGGAAAAAGUGAUGAUUGACCCAAGCAAACCAAUGUCACAGAAGUGCUGCUUUGGACCAAGACCAAGAUUGACAAACAAGCUCUAUAGUUCCCCAGCACAGAUCUCCCUGGGUGUAGCUAAUACAUUCUCAACAAAAAAAGAAGCCUCUUCUAAGAAGAUUGAAGAUAAAGUCUCUCUAAAAAGUACUGAAAACAAACCAUCUUCAAGGAGUGUUGAAAAUAAGGAUGUCUUAACAAAUCGGCAGUCUGACCCGUGGUCAUCUUCCUACCUAAAAGGUGAAGCCGGCAAGGAUACGGUCCUUGCAAAGCAGGAGAAAGUUAGUGAAUAUUGCCUUCAGGACGUUGAGGAGAAGUUGUCGGAUUCAACAGAUGGUGAUGGUGAAGAGGACACCAAUGACGAAGAUGAGGAAGGCCCCUCUAAAAAGGAGACUCGUGCCCCGCUAGAGUUAAUGGCAGAAUUCCUGAGAGCAGAAAUGGGCCGAGACUACCAGCUGGCAAAGAAGUUAUGUCAGAUGAUCCUAAUCUAUGAACCAGAAAAUCCUGUGGCCAAGGAAUUUUUCUCACUUAUUGAAGAAAUAUUGCUAAAGGAGAAAGCUCAGAAGCGGGAGGAAGACGACGAGGACAGUGAGGAGGCCACUAGCAGUGAGAGCGACGCGGAAAGCAGUGAGGAUGGGAGUGAGGACAGCUCCGAUGAGUGUGAAGACGGGUCCUGAGGGUCGCUGCCGUGGAGAGUUAUUUUCAAGAGUGUAUGCCAUGCAAAUGCAAAUAUAAAGAAGAGAGCCGCU